GUUUGUCCCUGUUUCUUCCUUACCAACACACUCCACGCGUUUUGGUCUAUACAAGAACAAAUUGGGGGAGACACCUUAGAGGACCGACACUAUGCCGACGUUGCUUCGAGGAGUUUUAUAGCCGUUAAGAGACGCCGCCGACAAUGCGGGUCGCGUUGAGUCUUAGGCGACUCGGCCCGGUUAAACCAUUGACCCAUGCCUAUCGCGCAUCCAGUAUUCGACUGGCGGUACUAAAUCGAGGCCAAUAUCUCAGCUCCCGUACACUGCCGUCCUUGGGCGCGCCUACCUUCACUCCAUACGGCCGCAGAGGCGUCUCCAACGAACAGAAGGCAAAAGAUCUCAAUCAGCAGGGAGUCGAUGAUGCCCUUGCAGACUUCGACAAUGCUUUGGCCAACGACGGGGAGAAGCAACAACGUACACCAUGGCAUCGUCAGGGAGCGGAAGAGCCUCCUGUGCGAAGACAGCGCUCCGCUGGGGCCAUGACCAAAGGGAAGCUGCUCACCACCCCGUCACGACUGCUCAAACUUGUUCUGCCCUUGACCACAUCCGAUCACAAUGAUGACAGGAAAAACAUCGCUCCCCUGGCUCUCCUUGUCCACCCACAGCAACCGCUGUCUUACCUCGAAAGGUUGAUCCAGGCGGAACUGCCCCGAGUCAAGACCGAAAAGGGCGACGAUCGUUUACCGUCCAUAUCCUUCCGCGCCAUGGAGGCUGAGGGCGAUGAGAUCAUGCCCAAAAACAAGACGCCAGAGGAGCAAGAACAGGAUCAACGUAAGGGCUCACUUGGGGACGGGGGUGUUCAGAGCUAUAGCGGAGCUGGCAGAGAAGGGAAGGGCGAGGAUUCGGGCGAGUUUGUACGAUGGAGUGCCUCCACAGAGAUUGGUGAUUUCAUCAGGGACGCGGCCAGAGCGAAAGAGUUUGAGGUCGAAAUCGAGGGCAACCCGAGAACCAUCAAAGUGGCAGUGCCGUCCUUCAACGACAGGACUUUCUAUCUGCGACAAAGGCUUCGCCGGAUUUCCAGGAGGAUUGCCGACUUGGCUGCUGUCAAGCAUGAGUGUGAUGUGGCCGCCCACAAGAGCGGACAGAGGAUUGCCCUCGGCGGAUGUGGGGUCCUGAUAGGAUACUGGUACUUGGUAUACCGUUUGACGUUCGAAACGGAUCUCGGAUGGGAUGUGAUGGAGCCCGUGACCUACCUUGUCGGAAUGGGAAGUAUCAUCGGCGGGUACAUGUGGUUCUUGUACCAUAACCGCGAGGUGUCAUACCGUUCAGCGAUGAACCUCACCAUCAGUCGUCGGCAGAGUCGUUUGUAUGAGCUCAAAGGGUUCGAUCCCAACAAGUGGGAGGCGCUGAUCGAAGAGGCCAACGCUCUCAGAAGGGAAAUCAAGGCGGUGGCUUCUGAAUAUGACGUGGAAUGGGACGAAACAAAGGACGAACAUGACGAAGCAGUCGUCAAAGCAUUGAGAGAAGAGCGCAAAAACGGGACCAAGAGCAAGUCGAAAAAGAACGAUGACGAUGAAGACGACGACGAUUAAAACGCCAUUAAUAUCUGCCCAGCAGCCUGCCAUGGAAUCAAACAAGGAGUCAUACAGAAUUACAAGGUCUUCCCGCCACUUGGUCCUCAUCAGCGCCGCACAUAUUUGUCUCGGGCCGGAUCGAAUAUUUGCGAAUCGUUGGAACCCGAACUCUGACCUGUAUCAUGGCCCAAUAACUCAGCGUCGAAUCCGCGAACGGGAAGCAGAACUGUCCUUACCUCCGGUACUACCUCCUUCACCAGCUCGACGAUUGCGGUUGUUGCGAAUAUCCCGCGAGCGAAAGACACUGUACAGAAGCCACAGGGUCACCCAGUUUGGAGCGUGCUCGCCCGUUGUUGCGCCUUGAUCGAAGAGCGUGCGUUGAAUCGUGCCGGGUUUCGCCUGUUGCCAGGUGUCGAUGAUUGCUUGCCGACGACGGUCAAGGCGGAUGUGGUGCCAGAAGAAGGGGGGCGUUGUAGAUGAGUCGUUUCGUUUCUCGUCUAUCAGACUUGUUCGAUCCGAGUUCAGUUUGCUGUACACGGCAAUGGCUUCGUCCUGUUCGCCUUGAUCAGCCCGCGGACGCCAUGGUGUAGAGUGUGUUUCCCGGCGUUCAGUUCCAACAUACUCUCAUAGCCCGGUAGUAUCCCUCGUGGCGAGGAUCGGUGGUGCUUAAGCCCAGAGCCCGCAUGAAGUCAUCCUUGGGGGCCCUUGGUCCUACCGGUUGUCUCUGAGGCAUUCUGGCGGUGAGGGAAAAGAGGAGGUAGAGGGAGCCCGAAAUAUAUGUGCAAGAUGGUACGAGUCUGUGAGCACAGCGAGCGAGUGUCACAGGCUGGACGGCGUGAAGUUUCUUGAGCGCAUGAUAUAUAUUGCAGCAGCUGAGCGCCAGAGCCUGUCUAGAGUCUAGACGCGAGAAGAGAGCAAACAGCGGCUUGAUCCCCACCUGCGGUUCGACUCAGUAUUCCAUCACGCUCGGGCUUCGCAGUUGGGCAUCUGGCCAAGAUGAUUUUCAAAUUCGGACCUUGGGUCGCGUCAGGACAAAGGUUGAUGGAUUCGUCCCGCUACGGCUUCGUCAAGCCUGAAGUCAAAUAUGCCAGUUUGACAUGUAUGCGUGUUACCGCCUUGAGCAAGGGCUCCUCGUGGCUGGUUAAUGUGUGGAACUCUGGCAACGCCAAACCGGACGACGUCCGUCAUGCCGCAUAUUUCCCCAUGCGUCGCCUUGCUGCAUGGGGCCAGCAGUGUUCCAGGCCUGUUAGGAAUGCCCAAUGCUCCCAAGUGCAUGUACCAAAAUUUCAAUUCACGGCGACGAGGGCACUGACAUCAGCCCAUUUGAAACGCCGGCCUGCAGCAAACACCCAAGUCCUGUCCUGUUUCAUGCGCUGGCCCCAGCUCCAGAUCAGGAGGGUUGGGUACGGUGACUGUUGGUCAGAUAUACUUUCCGAUGUCAGCCAGGGUCCCAGGAAAGCCUCUGGUCGGUGACAGUCUCUCUCCAAUGGAUGGGUGGCCGACCUCUCUCAAGGCCAAUAUGACAGCUGCCGUGUCACAGACCGCUCAGCCACUCAAGGCAAUCGACAAACCUUGAAUCAAGGUUUUUCAAUGGACUUCUUUUCCAGCCUGUCUGGACUGACUGGACAUUGGGCAGAAUGCGUGCUGAUCCAGGACGCAGGAUGUUUGCUACCUCGGACACUAAAUUAAGACAUGCAUGACGAGACAAACAAAUACGAGACCGAUGCUUCUGAGCGGCCCCCUUUCCAGAGCAGCGAUCCAAAUACACAGCGGUUGACGGCAGCUUUUUCAACUCGUUGCAAGUGAUAUCAAGGUCGCCAUGGCACCGUUGUCUGGUCCUCGUCUUCCACCGCCAAUUCCUUCUAUCCCACCACCACCUGACCCUAGGGCCCGUGUCCAGAUCGGGAACUCCUGUGGCUCACAAACUUUCGCUGGAAGCCAUUCCCGCUUUCUCCUACUGGUCGAGCUGUUCGGAUGUGCGACUUGAAGCUCUGCCGAAGUUGGAAGACUGUUCAAAGAAUUGUUCCAUCUCCGUGCCCCCACUGUGGAAAGGCUGCCUACCUGCUGCUGCUGCUGCUACUGCUGCUACUGCUGUGCCACCUGUCAAUGUCAACCGGCUGUACGAGGUUUUGGACAUCGUCAAGACCAGUGAGUCGCCAGUUUCUGUUAGCCUGUCCCACCAACAAAAGAUUGUAUCCCUGGGAGUCAACAACAACAACGUCACCAGAGCAAGUCUCCAUGGUCGGUCUGCAGCUGGAAGUCUCCUUUUGUGGGCAGCGAGGGUGUCCCUCCGCCUCUCGAAUCUGUGGAGUACUGUGCUCUGCGUUUGUGGCCGCAUUCAGAGCCAUGAAACCUGUGCCUGAGUCGCCAGCGCGACGGAUUACUGGGAACGUACCCAUCUGCCUUGUGUCUAAGAGCGACGCAUUGAGAUACAACGAGUCGGGAGUGACAUGCGUCUGUUUGCCAACGCCGUCGUUGAGGCAUUUUUGGGAAAUCCCUAGACAUUGUUAUGGGGAGUGGGAGAACCGGCGGAACCGCAAGGCUGCCUGCAGCCUGAUAACGUGUCUUCCACGACUCGUACAGAGCAGGUCAUUUUCCCCGCGCAAGCCUCUGGAACCGCUCACACAAGGCUCACGAGUGCGGAAGGGAUUUUUGGGGGGGGAUUUGUGUUGCGAGUUUCGACUGUCGAAUGGGGAGUAGUAGCAGUAACCGGGAAAGGGAACAAACAUUUGGGAUGUGAGACGGGCUGCUUCGUAGGUGUGGUGUGUGCCGAAAACAUUGACCGGUCUCAGCGCGGAAACGGGUCAAGGCGAGAGAAAGCGGUUGGCUGGGGAUGGACGUUUGAUCGGCUUGUCCUUUUGUGUAGG